AAGUGAGCAGCACUUCCUACUUCCUCACACCCCGCCGUCCAGAAGCUCUCGCUCAGACGAGGAAACAAUGGGGUUCUCUAAAGCGACACGGACGCUGUCGUAGUUCUCAUUCACGUCCUUUCGUUUCUGUUUGAGGAAGGUUGUUCGGGUAAUGAGCGAGCAGGAGAACAGCAGCGGUUGCGGGCCGGCUCGGGUGGCGGAGUGUGUGUGGAGCGCAGCUGCAUGAGCAGGCCACUCAGUCCGGGCCUGGAAACUUCUCAAACUGAUCAAGUAGUGCUGGAAUACCGACCGCGACCAUGAAGAAGCAGUUCAACCGCAUGAAGCAGCUCGCCAACCAGACAGUUGGCAGAGCGGAGAAAACAGAAGUUUUUAGCGAAGAUCUUCUACAGAUUGAGCGUCGCAUGGAGGUGGUGCGACUGGUCUCGCACAACACUCACAAGAAGCUGGUCACAUGUCUUCAGGGGCACAUUGGCACAGAGGUAGACAAGAGACAUAAAAAACUGCCUCUGAUGGGACUUUCUCAGGCCAUGCUGGAUGGAUCGGGCCAGUUGGAAGACUUGAUGAUUGGGAAGAUGAUGGAGGUGUGUGGUGACGCUGAAAACAAGCUCGCCUAUGAGCAAAGCCAGCUUGAGGUCCAUCUUGAGAGGGACGUAUUGGACCCACUCAACCAGCUAGCUGAGGUUGACAUUCCCAAUAUCGUGAAGCAGAGGAAACAGCUGGCUAAGCUUGUCCUGGAUUAUGAUUCUGCACGAGCAAGACAUUUUCAGGCUUCCAAAGCAAUCAUGUCAGCCACAAAUAACCAGGCUAUGGCUGCUAAAGCUGACUCUGCUAAGGAGGAGAUGGAUGAAGCUCAUAACAAAGUAGAGAUAUGUAAGGAUCAGCUGGCUGCUGACAUGUACAACUUCUCCUCGAAGGAGGGAGAUUAUGCCCAAUAUUACGUAAUUUUAUUAGAGGCCCAAGCUGAGUACCACAGAAGAUCUCUAGCUUAUAUUGAAAAAGUUCUUCCCACCAUCAGAUUGCAGCAAGAAACAUGGAUGGAAAAACCGGCGUUCGGCACAGCACUCGAGGAGCAUCUGAAGCGCAGUAACAGAGAGAUCGCUCUGCCCAUGGAGGCUUGUGUGAUGAUGCUCUUGGAGACUGGCAUGAAAGAGGAGGGACUGUUCCGUAUAGCAGCAGGAGCGUCUAAGCUAAAGAAGCUCAAGGCUGCGCUAGAUUGUUCCACGUCUCAGCUGGAGGAGUUCUACUCAGACCCCCAUGCUGUAGCAGGUGCUCUGAAGUCAUACCUGAGGGAUCUGCCUGAACCUCUCAUGACCUUCCAGCUGUAUGAUGAGUGGAUUCAAGCCUCAAAUGUUUCUGACCCUGAUAAGAAACUGCAGGCCCUCUGGGUGACAUGUGAUAGAUUGCCAAAGGCCAACAAGGCCAAUAUGAGAUAUUUGGUAAAGUUUCUUGCCAAGUUGGCUCAGGAGAGCGAGGUCAACAAGAUGACUUCAACCAACAUUAGCAUUGUACUGGGACCCAACCUACUGUGGGCUAAAGCUGAGGGGUCCCUUGCUGAAAUGGCAGCUGCUACCUCAGUCCAUGUGGUGGCUAUUAUUGAGCUCAUCAUCCUGCAUGCAGACUGGUUCUUCCCAGAUGAUGUGGACUUCAACGUGUCGGGCAUGUUCGCCAUGCCCACAGGCCCCACGAACCAACCCGGGCACUUCAGCACACCCGAGCCCGAAUAUUCCACAAUCAGCAGGACACGCCCGGGUAGCCAGGGGGUGCCGGAAGCCGAGACCUCUCGUAAAGACAGUGUCACUAGCAAACAGCCGGAGCACACGCCUCGUAGAACUGGCACUCUAUAUAGAAAGCAGCAGCAGCAGCACUCCUCUCCUGCCUUCCAGCCCCCUCUUCCUCCAGUGGAGGCAGGAGGGGUCCCGGCGUCCGAGGCCCUCUCUCAGUCAGCUGCAGGGGUCUCGGAGGCUGGAGCUGUGAUGGCUCAGAUCCACCAGACCUUAGGCCCACUACAAUCAGCUGAAGAGAGCAGUGCUGUUCGAGAGCCAACUGCCACCCCUCCACCACUGAGAAAUGGACCAGGAGGCCCUGGAGGAACAGCUGGGCAACUGACUGUAGGAACCACAACGUCUUCUACCAAAGGACCCAGUCCACAUAUAGUACGCAGAGGUACGAAAAAGCCAGCCCCUGCGCCACCCAAAGUGGCUCCCAGCCCCUCUUCUCCUGCAGCUGCACCCCAAAAAACCACACUAGCCUUCCCUGCACAGGUUCAAAUUGCAUCUGUGACUCCCUCCCAGCCUGCAACCCUACCACGUCGUCACACUUAUAACCAGGCGUUUAUCCAGGUCCCAAGUCACCCUCCUCCACAACCCCCACAAGCUGGGUUAGACACAGAGCCGUCCCCUCCCAACAGCCCAACCCCCCCGGGCACGCCACCACAUGACGACAACCCAAACUCUGCUUCUCUGACCCGCCCCCGGCCGGUGCCUAGACCACGGCCAAGACCUAGCGUACCGCCACCACCGCAGCCCGUUAACGACGGUGCCAACGGAGUGUGCAGCUCCGCCUCCAAGAUCAUCACAGAUGUGGGCGUGACGUUGAAGGCACCAGCUCGGCUUCUUGUACCUCAGAUAGACGUGGAGCAGCUCGAAGCUACGCCUCCUGAUGCCGAAAACCAAUUAGAGAGCACCCACUUGUAAAGUGGAGUCGUAUCUCCUUAGCCAUUCACUUUCUUUAAUGCAAUUUUGCGUUAGACAAUCAGCCUGGCAUUCUGGGUCCUUCUGGGCGCAGAUGAAGCUUCUUAGAGGCUUUUACUGUUUUAACAUUGCUGACUUUAGGUAAGCAGAAGACAUGCUGUAUACUGAACUAGAACCACAUCAGCUGAUCCACUGAUCUGUGCCAGAAUGCUUUUAGUUGUCUGUGCUUGAAAUGUUAUUGGGUUUUAUUACCGCGAUGCGCACACGUGUUUGUAUUAUUGUGCCUUUUGAGCGUUUUAUUGCACAGAACUGUAAGGGAAGGGGAAAUGCAAACCAGGAUUUUGGUAAAAUGGGGUCCACACACACACACACACACACUUACUCAUGUGUAAGCUCCAGUAUAUGUGUUGUAUUCAGUACUUGAGAGAUUUUUACGGUUGCGUUUUUUUUUUUUUACAUAAAAACCAAAUUGAAAAACACACACCCCACACACAGUGUAGGUAAAUAAACACAGAAGUGCCUUUUUACAGCAGAAAAAUUCCCUAACAGUUAUUACUGAUGUAUUAGAGUGUCUAUAAUCUGGCAUCCCUGUUUUUGAUGGCAGAGAUGAAAGAAAUAGGAUCAAGAAUUGAUUGCUUAAGUGGUUCAUUUUAUUAUACACCUGCUCAUUUAUACAGUUUUCUAGUCAGCAAGUCAUGUGUGUUUUGUUAUGUUCCUUUAAACAUCAGAAUGGGUGAAAAAAUCAAUGGUAUGUCUGUUGGUCCCAGAUACGCUGGUUUAAGCGAGUCAGAAACUGCAGCUGAUCUGGAAUCUUCACACCAUCUUAGAAUGAUUUUAAACACACAGCAAUAAAUGUUGGUUCUGCAGGCAGAAACACCUUGUUGAUUAGAGAACCCAGAGGAAAAAUUGUGAGAAAAAUUGGCCUGACAGGAUGGCUGUGGUACUAUUUUUGUAUGCACAAAAUGCACAUGUCAAACGUUGAGCCAAACGGGUUACAACAGCAGAGGAUCAGGUUUUAUUCUGUCUGCCAGUAACAUAGAUUCGUGGCUACAAGUUUAGCAUUAAACCUGGUAAUUAAUAGACAGGUUAUAUGUGUGUUUGAUCAGGGGUGUAACUCAACAGAACCAAAUUUUUGCAUCUGUCUAGUGGGGAUGCUUUGAUCAGCCAAUAAAUUCCAGUCAUUAUUCACUAGGAAUGGCUCUGUUGUAAGAAAGCACUUUCAUUUUGUAUCUUUGAAUGUUUUUUUUUUUUUAAUUCUGCUAUUUUUUAAUGUGUUGUGUAAUUUUUGACAUUGUAAUAAUAUUGUAGUGUUUCAUAAUCCAACUCUUAGCCACCAUCGAUUAUGCUGGAGUGAUUAUUA